AGGAUGAGGAUGAAGAAGAAGAGGAUGAGGAAGAAGAAGAGGAUGAGGAUGAAGAAGAAGAGGAUGAGGAUGAAGAAGAAGAAGAUGAUGAGGCCUCCCAAGCGUGAAGAAGAAGAUGAGAUGAAGAAGAAGAAGAAGAAGAAGAGGAUGAGGAAGAAGAAGAAGAAGAAGAAGAGGAUGGAAGGAUGAAGAAGAAGAAGAGGAUGAGGAUGAAGAAGAAGAAGAAGAAGAGGAUGAUGAAGAAGAGGAUGAGGAUGAUGAUGAAGAAGAAGAAGAAAAGAGGAGGAGGAUGAUGAAGAAGAAGAAGAGGAUGAGGAUGAAGAAGAAGAGAAUGAGGA